AUGAGACACGCACGAGCGCUGGACGGUGGCGGGAGUUCGGCCUCAUUCAGCUGUACCUGGAUCGACCCGAGGGAGGGAGUCCACGGGAAGGAGUGCGGGUACACGUCGAAGAAACACCUCGUGAAGCGGCACAUUGAGUCCAAGCACCUGCAGAUCAACACCGGCGAUACACCACAUAGAUGCCCGUACCCAAAUUGCAAUGCGACAUUUGGUGACCCUGCCCGACGUCACAGACAUAUGAAGUCUGCUCACAAUCAUGUACCCUCAAAACGGAGGACGCAAGCGGACCAAAGCGGUGUUGCGAUGAUGGACUACGUCUCAGAGCCAGAGGAAGAGGAUUCUACAUGA